UACAGCUGGCUCAAGCAAUGGAAGUGCCUCCUUAUGAUCAGUCUGUCCAGAUGGUGUCUCCAGUCGCAGUGGAGAAGUAUCCACCGCAGUAUUCGCCGCAGGAUCCGAGUGCUUACCCUCAGCAAGUUCACGUAGAAACAGUAAGACUCUCUCAAAUAAAUGAUUACAUGGGAUUGUCAAUCUUCACCUUACUGUGCUGCUGCCUUCCAAUUGGAAUAUUUGCAGUCCUAAACUCGAUGAAGGUGCGCGACGCCGUACUCGCUCGCGAUGAAUUUACGGCGUCCGAGGCUUCUGCUACGGCUCGCAAGCUGAACAUCAUUGGAAUAGUCUUGGGGUGCUUUAUCCUCCCCGCCAUAAUUAUAGUCAACGUGGUCAGGUUGUCGUCCUAAUCAAUAAUGAUGACCCAAGGCGUCGAUGAUAAAAUGGAUAUUGUGAGAAUACGCUGUUGCAGUUACCGUGAUUUGGAAAAGUUGUAGCUACUGAUGCUCUAGAACAUUGCUGUUGUGAGACGUUAUGUAUUUCUGCUCUUGUGUGCAUGGUAUUUGCAGUUCUUUACGAAUGUGUUUGUGUAUCUAGUCGCGUUAGCGUUAGAAAUCUGAAACUGGAUCAAGUUUGGUAGUACA